CUAAUAUUGGUGCGUGGGCAAAAGUUUGUUGCACUGUUUCAAUAAUUUUGUUUCAAAUCAACGAAGGAUGGAAGUCGAACAGAACGCUAAAUCCACUUGCGCUACCAUUAGACCACAUGCCCCAACCAUUAGUGUGGUACAUACUACACCAGUUAAGGGACAAAGUGUAUUUCUAACAACCCCAUCUUCGGGAAGUGGUAUUGUAAGGACUGCAGGUUCCCAAGUUCGUGUCGUCCAAACUACACCUCAGCAAACACCACAAGUUGUGCGGAUUAUUAAAGCAGGGGAAGCAGUAACUGGAUCACCGAACGUCAUCAAUAUACGAGCCCCCCUUGCAAGUCCCGUGAAAGGUGGCGCCAUAAUCAAUAUACCAACCGGAUCGAAGCUUCUGACGCACCCAGGACCCAAACUAAAGGUUGGCGAUACGAUAACAAUACAGAAGUCAAAUAUAAUAAACGAAAACCAAAGUUCCAGCAAUGACCCCAACGAUGUGAUUCAACCAAGCGGAACAAAGUUGGUGAAAGUCGUCACAUCGAACCAAACACCCGUGUUCAUUGCUCCCAACACAAACAACAUGAAACAGAUGACGCCGUCAACGCCUCAAAACAAAUCUUUCUUCUCGCAACAAAUGGCUUCACCAGUUCGAAUAAACAAUAUGUCGCCAACAUGGAAUGCAAGUAGCCCAAGUUAUAAACGACCGUCCAUGUUCAAUGAUCCAGCACAGAUGGUUGAAAGCAAACGACGACGCACCCCAACUACAGACAAAGGCAGCAAGGGUUUGCGACACUUUGCGAUGUUGGUUUGUGAGAAAGUGAAACAGAAAGUGACAACAACGUACAACGAGGUUGCGGACGAACUCGUGUCGGAGUUUGCCGACCAUCAACGACAAGUUACUGAUCAGUAUGACCAGAAGAACAUUCGACGGCGAGUUUACGAUGCAUUAAACGUAUUAAUGGCCAUGGAUAUCAUAUAUAAGGACAAGAAGGAUAUCCAUUGGGUGGGGUUGCCGACGAACUCAGCGCAAGAAGUCCAAACAUUACAGACUGAAAAGAAAAAUCGUCAACAAAGAAUUCAACAGAAGACUCUGCAGUUACACGAGCUCAUAUUACAGCAAAUUGCCUUCAAGAAUUUGGUUCAACGCAACAAACGUAUCGAACAAACGCAAGGUUUCCCCGCCGAUAAUUCAUCGAUCCAGCUUCCUUUUAUUAUCGUUAAUACAAGCAAGAAGACCGUCAUUGACUGCAGUAUUUCUAAUGAUAAGUACGAGUACAUGUUCAACUUUGAUAAUACGUUCGAGAUCCACGAUGAUAUCGAAGUUUUGAAACGCAUGGGGAUGGCCUACGGGUUGGAGGCCGGGGUGUGUAGUAAUGACAACCUUCGAACGGCUAUGACUCUAGUGCCCCCGGUGUUGAAACCUUACCUUGAGCAGAUGGCUGGCAAAACAAGUGGGGAAGUUAGUGAAGCAAGUGUUGGAACACCCGAAGUGAAGAUUGAGCCGCAAACCAUCGACAUCUCGUCGUUCACCCCUGACGAUGAGGUUGCCAUGGUGAUCGACGGGGGCGUGGGGUGCGCGGGGUCGUCGAGGUCAUCCUCCGCUGUUUAUUCAGGGACACCACUAAGCGGCGAUAUAGAGUCGGGGAGUGAAUCACGAGGAUCUACUCCGCUGUUCUAACAACUUACCCACACUCCCUUGUUAAAUAUGGAAAGCAAAUUUUAGCUUUUCGCGUUUUUUAAAUUUGUUGAAAGAUGAACAUUCCAUAGACACAACAUUAAUGCUAGAAUCUUUAUUAGCGAAUGCACUACAUGGAUGUCAUUAUAACAACGUAGUAAUAGACAACACAUGACUUGGGGUUUCACUCAGGGAUUAUUUUUAUAAAAAGGGGCAAAAACUUUUUUUCGUUGAAAAUUUCAAAUUUCUUGUAUUUUCAAAGUUUGCUGCCACGAGUUGUAAAAUAAAGAGAGCUGCUCAACA